AUGGAUAAAGGCUCUACGUCGCGUACGCGUCUGCCUGCGCGUACAAAACUCCCAGCAGCAUCGAGUUCAAUCCCAAAACCCUCGACGAGCGCGCAAACGACCAAGAGAACGGCCACGACGGCGCAGCUCGACAAUGGCGAGGUCGAACACGCGUUGACGCGGCGUAAAGAAAAAGUAGAAGCAUUUUCAGCGACAAUGACAAAGAAUGCGCUCGAACGACGCGUCGCAGAUGCCGAACAGGCCAAAAAGACGCUCGAGGCCGAGCUCACAAAGCUCAAGCACGACAAGGAAAAGGUCGAGCGAGAUCGAAGAUGGUUUGCAGAGCGUGAGCAAUCACUCGCAGACGAAAAAGAGGAACAGCGGCGCGAGUUUGACAAGGAAAAGAGCGAGCUCACUACAGAAUUGAGAGAUUCAAGAGCACUCGCACUUAGGCUGCAGCGCGAACUCGACGCGCUGAGCGAGGCCCACGAUGCGCUGCAGCAGACGGCCAUGAAAGCAAAUCGAAUCUCCGAAGAGGCUCAAACGCAACUCUCUGCUUUGCAAACUGAUAGCGAGCGACACUAUGCAGAGGCUGCCAAAUACCGCAAACUCUAUCAGGAAAAGGUCGACGAACUUGAACAUGUACAACAGAAUGCAAGGGCGACGAGUGCGAGUAGUCGUGACUCAAAGGAAUGGGAACUUCUCAGGUCGCAGAUUCUGCAACAAACAGAAGAGAUUCGUCGACUGGAGGAUGCAAAUGCAAAGGCAAAUGCGGAACUGUUGGUAUUGCGGGAGAGAAAUGCCAAUAUCGAACUAUUAACAGAGGAGAAGAGAGUAUUGGAGCGUCGAGCACGGGACAACGACUCUCUCCGAGAGCAAUUGGGUAUGAUGGAAGCCGAAAUGGACGCACUGCGAGAAGAACGAGAAAACUCGAUCGCUCAUGCUCAGCGUUUGUCCGAUGUCCCAGUCUCCAUCACACAGGAAUUGGCUGCCUUGCGCGUCGAACAUGCAGCGACCGUGGGACAACAACAAUCGCUCACGGCUACUUUACAUGAACGAGAAGAAGAGCUCAAGCGAGUAGAAUCGUCGUUGAAUCAGGCAAGGGACGAAACCGCGCAUCUCAAGCUUCGUUUACAAGCAACCGAAGCCGCCGCUACACGCGCAGAGACAAAGGCCAAAGUGGCCCAGCAAGAGGUGGAGACGUUGAAUUCUCUUCUGCAAAAAUUUACCGAAGAAGCGACGUCGGAGGAGCACGACGAGUUGGAUGAAGUGACCGAACGAAGCCAGAUGCGCAUCGUGGCUCUGGAACAAAUGCUCGAGGAACUCAAAGAAGCCAACGAGGCGCUUAUCAACGAGAUGAACGAGAUGGGUGGCGACGCAGCGGAAGUCGUUGGCAACGUCGGACGUGGAUCCAUCUCCGCCAUGAAAGAAGCCCUUCUCCAUGAACGCGACGCGCACGCAGAGGCUCUCAAGGAACUCCAAGUUGCCAAAAGUCGAUUACGCGAACUAGAGCAGCAAGUCGAAAAGCUGGACGAGGAUCUGUUCCGGCUCAAGGGGGAUAUUGGAACGGGUCGGUUUGUGCCUCCGGGCGUGCGUGUGCUCGAGAUGGCGGAUAAUCCUGCCUCGCGGUGGUUCGGCAAACGCGACGAAGACAUGCAGCGGCUCAAAAGCGAAAACGACGCGCUGCGAACCAUGGUCGGCAGUGGCACAGGCGCGUCCGCUACGAGCUCUGUAGUCCCAGCUGGGAUGGUUCCAAAGGAGACUGUGGAUGUGUUGAUGCAGGAAAAGUCGGAGCUAGAGGCCAUAAUCAAAGAAAAGGAGAAGCGGCUUCUGCGAUUACAACAGAUCUUUUCUGCCAAAGCCGAAGAGUUCAAGACGACAGUGACUUCACUCGUAGGCUGGAAGUUUAAAUUCCAACAAAACGGCGCGGUUCAAUUGACGUCCAUCUACAAUCCCAACGCCCUAAUCGUGUUCUCGCAACCGACCAAAAAGUCGAAACGCGAACGUGGACCACUUGAAGGCGAGGAUAUCAAGGUUCAGCUCAUCGCUGAUACUGCACCUCCAGAGGUCAUGGAGCUGUACAGGACAUGGGUUAUUGGAUAUGGCUGUGUCCCCGGCUUCCUUGGGAGCUUGUCUGUACAGUUGUUCGAAGCGUCGCCCGAGGGUGUAGCCAAGCUCAAGGGAACAUGA